CCCCGGCGCCCCCGCCGCCCGGCUCGCCCAGGCUAUUCGGGAUCCAAGUUCGUAGGCCCUUUAAAGGGCCCCAGCUGCCGUUUGCAGAGUCCCGGGACUUUGAUCCCAGACGGUGGGGAGAGGGAUGGCUUCUUUGCGAAUCCGAGAGGCCAAGGAGGGAGACUGUGCAGAUAUCCUACGGCUGGUUCGGGAACUAGCUGAGUACGAGAAACUUUCGGAUCAGGUGACGAUCAGUGAAGAAGCCCUGAGAGCAGAUGGCUUUGGAGAGAAUCCUUUCUAUCACUGUUUGGUAGCAGAGAUUCUUCCAGCCCCCGGGGAGCUACAGGGUCCCCGUGUGGUGGGCUAUGGGCUAUACUACUUCAUCUACAGUACAUGGAAGGGACGCAGCAUUUAUCUGGAAGACAUCUAUGUGACACCAGAAUAUCGGGGUCAGGGAAUUGGUUCGAAAAUAAUCAAAAGGGUGGCUGAGGUAGCCCUGGAUAAGGGCUGCUCCCAGUUCCGCCUGGCAGUCCUGGAUUGGAACAAGAGGGCCAUGGACUUGUACAAGGCCCUAGGAGCCCAAGAUCUGACUGAAGCUGAGGGCUGGCACUCCUUCCGCUUUGAAGGAGAGGCGAUGAGGGAGAUGGCAGGAAGAUGAUACCAUGCCAUGGGGCUCUCUCCCUACUUGAGUUUCUCCUUCCCCACCAGCUCAAGCAAUCCCCAGUGACUAACUCCACAGACAAUGGCACCCAGGCCUCCCUGGAGGAAGGAGCGUUGGGGAUACCUAUCCUGAAGUGUGGAAAGAGCAGAAUUGUGAGAGCAGCCCUUCCUCUUUGUUGAAGGUGAAAAAAUAAAUAAGUAUUACUAUGUCC